AUGAUGCAUGGUAUACCAGUUUGUGUGUUCUUGACCGUCAGCGCCGUGAUUGGAGGAGCGGUAAGUUAAGUGGUGAUGAAGGGGUGACAAAGGGUGCUGUAUACUUCAUAGAGCACAUUACGGUAACUUUGAGGACAAAAGCUUUGAACGAAAAAGCUAGCAGCUAGCCUGGAGACAGUUCUUACUGUCAGUUCAAUAUGAGAGGUACUUCAAGCGCCAUCACCCGACUUUUUUUCGAUUUUUGCGUGCCUUUUCUUAAUAGUCCAAUUACUUAUGAAACCCUGAAGAUUUUAGCUAUUUUCCGCAAUAGCAGCCGGAAUAAUUAAUAGUCCUUUCUUGGCGAAAGAUCAUGUAAAACGAGCAGAGUCCGACAGAGAAAGAAAAUCCGGUCUUAACUUUCAAAGUCUCCUAUGAAACCUUGAUUUUCUGUAAGAUUCAUUUUGCACCUCGCAGUAGAUCACGCCUCUAGAAGAAAUGUCCAAAAAUCAAUCCCGUAUUUUACCCCGCUUUUUUCAGUUCGCCCUCCCAAGGAACCGAAAUCUUCUGAUCUCCCCAUUCAAAGAGCAGUACUUUUCGACACUGGGAGAUGUCGUCCUCACACCAAUGGUCGAUUUGCCAGAAGAGGCCAAUGCGACGAAUCAGGAAUCAAACUCAAUUGCCAGCAAAUUCAUCUAUCAACAGGUCAUGGCCGCAGUCAGAGACGCCGUGAGAGAAAGAGAGCGCGAGGGAUUACCAGUAAGUUCAACAAUGGGAUCAGAGGGGACUAGAUUAGAGUAAGAAACAGACAGUAAAGAAAUUCAGUUACAGCCUAUAACUUCUGCGUAGAAACAGCAUCAAAACGUUCUAGGGGAAAGUCCUCAACUGCUGAUGCCCGCAGAAAGGAUUUUCUUGGCCAUAUAAGAGUGAAGAAAUAAGAUCGCACCGGUCGUUCCAAAGCAAAACGUUAAAAACGCUUUUCCUCACUUUUUUUUGAAAAAAUUGAAUGGAAAAACCUGAGAAAAAAAGGCCGACAUGAGAAAAAAGGUCGAGAAAGCAAAUCUAGCGUCUUUUUCAAAAUCUGAAAAUCCAUAUCUUUAGAAUUUUUAGCAAAAAAUCAAGCGAAAGAGAGAGAGGUGAGAGAAAAAGAGGGCUCUCUCUUGAUUCUCUCUGCAUUCGAAAAUCAUACUAGGCGGGCCAAAAAGUCUUGACAUGUUUUCGCACCGUGCGGGCGCAUGAAUUCGGCGUUGCGACGAGGUGUCGCGCGAUAAAAAUUUGGCGGGGUGCGAAUGAAGAACGCACUGUGCGUUGUUUACCCUUUUUCAAAAUAAUCUUUUUGCACUGUGCGGUGUCGCAUUGCACCGUGAAUUUUUCUUGUCAUAUUUCAUGCACGACGGCGCACUGUGCAGACAUGUCAAGACUUUUUGGCCCGCCUAGUAAAGAUAAGGCCAAAAACAUUGUUCUGUAAUCGCCUCUCUUUCGAUAGUCAGCAAAGAUUGCUGAAUACCUCGGCAGAGGCUGAAACUUUUAGUAAUUGAUAUGUGGGCUAUACAGGCUAUGUGUGCAAGAUUUCUAACAGAUCUGAGCGUAAGAAAAACCACUUUGACAUUUUUUAAAAUCUAGGUGGUUCGACAAAAGUAUAUAACUUUUACAACUUAGCAUUCUACUACUUGAUUUGUAUCGUUCUUAAAAAUUUUUCUACUUUAUAAGUAUUCCCAUUUCCAGGUCGAACAAGCCUUACCGAUCUUCCCGAAGCCCGCCAAGAGACGCCAACGAUACCAGCAGCACUUCGACGUGUUAGCCGGCGGUGGAUUGGGUCGUUAA